GCACUCCAGCCUGGGCAAAGAGUGAGACUCUGUCUCAAAAAUAAAUAAAUAAAUAAAUAAAAAUUUAAAACACCCAGGAGGGAGUUGGAAUGAGCCAAGUCGUCAGUUCCACCUGAGUUAAGAGUGGGCAGCUCUCAGGGUUCUUGUGUGGGUGGUUCGUCUUGCCACCUGUCCCCUCUACCCUCAGCCUUCCAGGAUAUCUUCAAACUCUUCAGCUCCAGCCCAACAGGCACCGUGGACAUGCGAAGCAUGAAAGUUGCCCUGGGCAAUGUGGGUAUCCAGCUGAGUCCACAGGAGACGUUCGAGGCUCUGCGGCAGGCAGACUUGGAUGGUGAUGGAAUCAUAAGCUUCCUGGGUGUCUUCCUGGUGACUUCCUGGGUGUCUUCGAUGACAACCACCGCUUGGCUCAGUGCAUGGCCGGGUGAGGAACAGCCACCUCUGUACCCCCAGGGACUGCAGACCCUGUUCUUGGAAAUGCUGUUCAAGCUGCUGGGCCGGGGCUUUGUGCCCUCCAAGUUGGCACGUAGGGUGAUGAGGUGGGCACAACCAUACCAGCUCCUGGGCCCACAAUGGGAGGAGCAAACCCUGCCCCGUGCAGGGACCCCUGAUGUUCCUGCCCUAGAGACGGGAGCCCUGAAUUCUGGGUCUGUUUCCUGGGCCCCAAGUCGCCCCAGGACAAAGACAAAGCAGUGGCUUCCGGCCCUGCUUUGGCUUCCGCACUUGUGAGACAGAGAGGGCUGGGAGUGUCUGAGGCGGCCGCCCCGCCUCUCUUCUCCAAGCUACUACUUCAAGAAGCAGCGGGCUCUGCGGCUCAGCCCAGGCUGCGGGGGUUGGGGGCGCUCCCACGCGGGCCUCGCCUUCUGCCACGCGGCGCGUAUCAGCGACCUCUCCAACUAGGAGCUGGCGUGCUCGCUGCACAAACUGCACGAAGUAGGCACCCGCCCCAGGUGCGCGCAGCCCGUACUCUCAGAUUCCUAACCUGGAGGGGUUGGCGCUCCCGGAACGCAGGACACGAAGCCCAGCCCCGGGCCCCGGCUUCCGCCUGAUCCAGCCCUACUAGCCCGGCCGCCCCAAGAUCCCGCCCAGCCCGGGGCGUGUCUCGGCCUAGGUGAGAGCCGGCGGGCGGGGGAGGGACAAGCAAUGAGGGGCGGGACAAGUGCGCGGAGGCGGGACAGACAGAUGGGGCGACACUGGCUGGUGGAGGGGAGGGGCAGGCGAGGAGCGGGGGUAGGCCCGGAAGAAAUGGGGACCCAGCAGGCGGUGACGGAGGCGGCACGCGCGGAGAUGUAAGGCGAGGUCACUCAUGGCGUCACUAAGUACUGGGUAGGGCGAAAGGAAAAGGGGCCAGAUGCCCAGGUGGGAGGCAGGACUGGCGCAAAUGGGGCGGGGCAGCCGGAAGGAGAACUGCUGCGGGGCUGGCCCGGCGUGUCUAACCCCAGCUGCCCGCUCGCCCCUGCGCCCGCCCCCUCCGGCCUCCCGCAGGGAUACUGGGCCAGCCACGAGAGCCUCCGCCCCCUCGAUGCGGGCUCCCUCGCAGCCAACUCUAGUGAAGAAGCAGCCCUUCUCCCCGGCGCCCGCUGGUUUGCAGAGGCCUGCUAUGAAGAGCUUGUGCAAGUAAAGCGUUUGCUGAGCGGAAACAGGCUGCGGGUGGCUGCGGCAGGCACGGAGCCGACGCGGAUCUUUUGCAAACAUCUUUAUUAAUCUCGUAUAAAAAUAAGGUCCAUGGACGGUCCUCGGGGCUGGGGCUUGCGGGGGCGAGGUGCACUUUAUAAGUUACAGGCCAGGCUCCUGCUGAGGCUAAGUAUGGCUAUUUGGAGGGGGCUUUAGGGUGGGUGCUGCAAGCAGCAUUUGGGGGAAGGGGCGGGCGAUGCUGCCCUCUGUGGCCAAGAGGAGGAUGCACCAGCCCGUUUGAGGCGGGCCACAGCGGAGGAGGGGCUGCCCGGCCAGCCGAGCUGAGGACCACC